GCAACAGCACAAGCUGCCAAAUCAGCAAGGACAGUUGUCAUCGCCGGUGUUCCAGAUGGCCUUCUGGGCGAUGAUGUCAUGACUGACAUACUGAUGAUUCAUUUCCAAAUGGCGAAGAAUAACGGGGGAGAUGUGGAAGAAGUAACCUAUCCAACGACGAAAAAAGGAGUUGCAUAUGUAACUUUUGAAGAUCAAGAAGUUGUAGAGAGUGUCCUAAAGAAGGCUGAACAUCGACUAGAAGACAAGAGGCUGUCCAGAUGCUAUCCACUGAAAGUAACCCGUUACUGUGAAAACGUCUUCAGCUCUGUCACAUCUGUCCUCAAUAUGUCUGUUUUCAAAGAUGAAUUUGUUUUAGAAGAUCUGAUCCAAGAACUUAAAAAGAAGAGCACAGCUUUGAGCUUCGGUCCUUUGCAAUCCAACGGGCAUGUUUCUGUUCAGGGGUCAUUUCCAGCAAUCAAAUUGCUAAGAGACUUUCUCUUGAUAAAAGCAAAAUCCCUUUCAGAGAAAGACAAAGUAGAAGGAAGUGAGUCCCAUCAGAGACCAAAGAGGAGGCUGCAGCAGCACAGACUUACCACGGAGACGAGUAAUUCUGUUGGUGAUGCAGAUGGGGAAAAACAAGUGGUGGUUCUUGACACAGAUACCUAUCGCUACAUGAAGUGCUUUUUUCCCAGGACAUUCCUAGUAAAUGAUGAUGUUGUGAUUUCUGAUGUCACUGAUGGUGAUGUAACUACAGUGUACGUUGAGAAUGCUGGAAGUAGGUCUGAUGCUGGACAGGUAUUAAGAGUCAAAGAGAAAAUUGAAGAUCAGUCUAUAAAACUUCACAACGCUUUACGUAAGGAACAGAUCUACUUUGGGAAGCACACCGGAGAUGAAAAGCGGAGAUACGCACAGGUGUGUCGAAGUCUAAAACCUCGUUACCCGUAUGUUUUGGUCAUUCCUUACAAUACUCACAUUGACAUUAUAGGAAAUUCUUCUGAGAUUUUUGAAUUUACAAAGGAAGUGAGCAGUAAGAUUCAGAGCCCGUUUCAAACCGAGUAG